UUCUUCGCAGAGGAUUGUGGGUGGAAACUGGAGAAUCAAGAUGGCAGCGCCCUGCUCGAGAAUGGCGAAUCGCCCUUUAUGGCAGUUUAUUACAAACGUCAGACGGACGGGGCUAAAACAUACAGGAGUUCGUCAAAUUUCUCUCGGUUCCGCUUGUCGAGCUGCGAGUCAGACCGGAAGUAAAACGGAAAGCGUCGCGUCGCCAUGGAAGCUGUACGGGGCGGUGUGUCUCCAGAGGCUGCCUGUCAUAUCACAGGAGCGGAACCCGAUCGAAGACCAAUUCGCCGAGCUCAUGCAUCAGAUGGAGCUGGAGAGAAGCUUGCUGUCGGAUCAUGAACAGAGGCUCCUUGAGGACUCAGAACGUAUGACUCGUAAACAGGCAGACAACUACGAUUCAGAUGAGGAGGAGGCGGACUACGGCGGCCAGGAGACCAUCACCGCUCAGGACCAGGAGGACACCUGGGAACAGAAACUCAAACACUUCCAACCUGCUCUCAGAGACAGAGGUAGGAGUCAGAGAGGUUGUCCUUCAUGGCACCCUAUUCCCUAUGCACUGACUCGACAAAACAUUAGGAACAAAUCAAAUAAUAAAUCACAUGUUAUUGGUCACUUCAUGACCAACAGGUGGAGACUAACCAGUGAAAUGCUUCAUAAACAACAGGUGGAGACUAACCAGUGAAAUGCUUCAUAAACA